GUUAACGGAACAAUAGUGUUUAAUGUUUACCAUGGCUGCAUCAUAUCUUUCAGUUUGACUGAACUAUCUGAGAUCAAGGCUGCAGUCGAAGCCAACGGAAUAUAUUGAUAUACAUCGACAGGCGUGUACGGAGUGUGAAAUAACCCAGUAUGUCUCGAGAGCAGAAAGCAGUGGAGCGUGCCAGGAAGGCCUUCCACACAGGUCGGACCAAAUCACUUGAGUACCGCGUAACCCAGCUGAAGAACCUGCAGCGUUUUGUCAAAGAAAGACAGAAGGAAAUCGCUGAAGGUCUCAAAAAGGAUCUCAGUAAGAGUGAGUUUGGAACCCCGUUGUAUGAGACCAUUGGUCUGGAGAGUGAGAUUAACCUGGCUGUCAGCAAGCUGAAAGAGUGGGCAGCUCCUCGACCUGUGACCAAGAGCAUUCUGACAAUCUCAGACCAGGUCUACAUCCAGCCUGAACCUCUGGGAGUAGUGCUGGUCAUUGGGGCCUGGAACUACCCCUGGGCUGUCACCAUCCAGCCCCUAAUAGGAGCUAUAGCAGCAGGUAAUGCAGUUGUGAUCAAGCCGUCGGAAGUCAGUGCUCACACUGCUAAAGUAAUGGAGGAUCUCUUACCUUUAUACUUAGACAAGGAGAUGUACCCUGUCGUCACCGGUGGGGUGUCAGAGACCCAAGAGCUGCUCAAGCAACGGUUUGAUCAUAUCUUCUACACUGGAAAUGGCACCGUGGCUAAAAUCAUCAUGGAGGCAGCAGCUAAACAUUUAACCCCUGUUACACUGGAGCUGGGGGGAAAGAGCCCAUGCUACAUAGACAAGAACUGCGACCUCGCUGUUGCCUGCCGACGUAUUGCGUGGGGGAAGUACAGUAACUGUGGUCAGACCUGCAUUGCACCAGAUUACAUCCUCUGCGACUCCAGCAUUCAAGACAAAGUGAUUGAAGAGAUCAAGAAGAAUAUUGAGGACUUCUACACUGAGAACCCGCAAAAAUGUCUGGAUUAUGGUCGCAUCAUCAACCAGCGGCACUUCAAGAGAGUGAUGGCAAUGGUUGAGGGCAGCACCAUUGCUGUGGGUGGAGAAAACGAUGAGUCAGAUUGCUACAUUGCUCCAACAAUUUUAAAGGACGUGAAGCCGGAUGCAAAGGUGAUGCAGGAGGAGAUCUUUGGGCCGCUGUUGCCCAUCCUGACAGUGAGCAGUGCAGAUGAAGCUAUCAAAUUCAUCAACCAGAGAGAGAAACCCCUUGCACUCUACAUCUUCUCUUCAGAUAACAAGCUGAUAAAGCAUAUGAUUGCGGAGACCUCUAGUGGUGGAGCAGUGGCCAAUGACUGCUUGAUGCACUUCUCAGUCAGCUCUUUGCCCUUUGGUGGAGUGGGUAACAGUGGUAUGGGCUGCUAUCACGGCAAGUUCACCUUUGAUCAGUUGAGCCACCUGCGCGGCUGUCUUAUUAAACAGCUGAAGAUGGAGGGGGUGAAUAAGAUGCGCUACCCACCACAUACAGCAGAUAAGCUGGGCUGGGCGCGCUUUUUCUUUCUCAGACAGGUCGACUUUGGCAGACUGGGCCGCAUGGCACUACUGGCUCUGCUGACAGUCUUUGUUGCAGUGAUUUUACAGAGAUACUAUACUGAUUAAGGAUGUGAAAUAUUAUGCAGAAAGUGUGCCUCCAUCCUGAAGACACUCUGGGGUGACUCCAGCUUCAGUGCUGCUUUCCUCCUUUGCCUUACUUUUUCAUAGGGUUUAAAACUGGCCAAGAUUCAUUUACACCAUUAUGAAAAUGCUAUUUCUCAGAAGUAAUUUAAACUAACACAUGGCUUUCAAUGAAGAUAAUACUAAUUCAUGUGAUUUUUUUAUCUGGAGCACUUUAAUCUGUGUUUAUUUUAGUGAGCACUCUUUAUAUGUAGCUAAAAGACAUUACCAUCCCAUCUGUCAUGUUACGGAUGUUUUUAAAUGAAGGAAAUGAAAACCUCAUAGAAUAGGGUUUAUGAUUUUAUUUUUACAAACUGUAUGCUAUUUUGAACAAGAAGUCCAGCAUUUUGAUGAAAUGCACAUUUCAAAAAGAAUCCGAAUGUGAGAGAGUUUAGUAUACAAUUUAAGGAAUAGUUCACCCAAAUAUGAACAUUCUGUCAUUAUUUACUAACCUUCUUGUUGUUACAAACCAGUAUGACUUUCUUUCUUCUAUGGAACACCAAAGGAAAUGUUAAGCAGAAUGUUAGUCUCAGUCACCAUUCACUUUCAUUGUAUCUUUCCAGAUAUUCUGCUUAACAUUUCCUUUUGUGAAAGUCAUACAGGUUUGGAACAUCAUGAGUGUAACUAAAUAAUGAGUAAAUACAUUUUUAUUUUGGAUGAACUAUCCUUUUAACAAACGGUUUCAGAGAAUGUCCCACUGUUUGUACUGAUGAUUCGAGGUGAUCUCAAUAGUAUUCACUUUAGGUAACGUUUACACACAUCUUUUUUGUACAUUUGGAUAGACACUAUAAUAUACUAACCUACUCACAGCAUCUAACGCUUUUAUGCAUGUACAGCUUGUGCGUGAGCUACUGUCCUGGAGUAAAAUUGAUUGUCUAUCAGUGCCAACAGUGAGCAUUCAUGUCGCUUUUGGUGUGAAGGGACCAUUUGUCUACUAUUUGUCUUGCUUUUUUGCAGCAUAUUUGGUACGAAUCCUCUACAGACUGUGUGGAAAUGUAAUUCUUGAAACACUUUAUGAACAAAUACCUAUGAAUACUAAUGAGAUCAUAUUGACAGAUUGUUUGACUGAUCCAUUUAUACCAUUGAAAUGAUUGUUAUAUGGUAUGGGCAGUGUUAUUUAUGAAGAAUGAUUUAAUUGUGUCAUAUGAAGAAAAUAUUCAAAUAUUAAACACAAAAACACCCUUACUGUUAUUAAGAACAGGACCUUUAAACUUUAAUGUUUCGAAAGCACAAAAACUAGAUGAUAUAUUUAAUAUGCUUGGUUUAUUCCUACAGUUUAAAUGACCAAGUUCACUCUAAUGAUAUAUGCUGUCAAAUCAUUGUCAAAAAUGUACCUAACAUUUGUGUCUAAUAAAAAAGUCAAAGAUUAAGAGAGUUUUAUGACAUACAGAAAUAAUUUUUAAUGGUACAAUAAACAUGUUUUU